AUGACCUACUUUGAAGGCUUCGAGCAUCGUGCUGGCGUUGAUCGUCAGCAGCAGUCGAAGCUGAAAACGUCCAAGGACGAAGAAGUCACAGCUCAGACCGACUACUCCAAGUCGUUCAAGGACUCGGUGAAGGAGAAGGGCUACCCCGAGAAGGAGCCAGCCGUCUUCGCCGUCCGCUGGGUUCAGGCGACAGACGAGAAGAAGGAGUCGUCACACAGCGGCCGGGCAUCUCGUUCGCAGUUCCUUCGCGAGGAGGAUCGACGAGUCGUCUCCGUCGCCUCUUUGGGCGCUCCGUCAGAGACCUGCGGACGUUAUGCGAAGUCGGAGAGAUUGGAGGCACCUGGGGAGCGGCACGGUUACAAAGUUUACUGA